CGGCGCGGCGGGACGAUGGCGGCCGUGCGGUGGAUGCUGCGCUGGGUCGCGGCGGCGGUAGCCGCGGUGGCGGCGGCGCUGGCGCUGGACAACGGCCUGGCCCGGACACCGCCCAUGGGCUGGCUGCACUGGGAGCGCUUCCUCUGCGCCACCGACUGCGCGGCCGAGCCGCGCCGCUGCGUCAGCGAGCAGCUGUUCGUGGAGAUGGCUGACAGGAUGGCUGCCGAGGGCUGGAGGGACGCUGGCUACGAGUUCAUCUGCAUCGACGACUGCUGGAUGGCCCCGACGCGGGACAAGCAGGGCAGGCUGCAGGCGGACCCCAAGCGGUUCCCCGGUGGGAUCCGCAAGCUGGCCGACUACGUCCACUCCAAGGGUCUGAAGCUGGGAAUCUACAGCGAUGUUGGGAGCAAGACGUGUGCUGGCUUUCCUGGCAGCUACAACCACUAUGACCUGGAUGCCCAGACAUUUGCUUCCUGGGGUGUGGACCUGCUCAAGUUUGAUGGCUGCAACUCUGAGUCACUGGAGCUGCUAGCAGAAGGAUACAGGCGCAUGUCUCUGGCCCUGAACAAGACUGGAAGGAGCAUUGUGUACUCCUGUGAGUGGCCUUUCUACUUGAGGCCUGUGCAGCAGCCCAAUUACACAGAGAUCAAACAGUACUGCAAUCACUGGAGGAACUUCUAUGAUGUCUAUGACUCCUGGAGCAGCAUCAAGAGUAUCUUAGACUGGACAGCACUUCACCAGGACACCAUUGUGAAGAUAGCUGGGCCAGGGGGCUGGAAUGAUCCUGACAUGCUGGUGAUUGGAAACUUUGGGCUGAGCUGGGACCAGUCGGUGACUCAGAUGGCCAUGUGGGCCAUUAUGGCCGCUCCCCUGUUCAUGUCCAACGACCUGCGGCACAUCAGUCCUGAAGCCAAGUGGCUGCUCCAGAACAAAGAGGUGAUUGCCAUCAACCAGGACCCACUGGGCAAGCAGGGAUACCAGCUUUCCAAGGACAAGAACUUUCAGCUGUGGGAGCGGCCCCUGUCUGACCGAGCCUACGCUGUGGCAGUGCUGAACCAGCAGGAGAUUGGAGGACCCCAGAAAUUCACCUUCUCCCUCACUUUACUUGGCAAUGGGCUGGCCUGCAACCCGGCCUGCUCCAUCCGACAGGUGCUGCCAGCCAGCAGGGACUGUGGUGUGUACAGCUGGAUCUCCUCCCUGAGCGUGGAGGUGAACCCCACAGGCACCGUGCUGCUCAAAGUCCUGCCACUAUAGGCAGCACAAAGACAAUCUUUUCCGAAGCCUUAGGCUCUGUCUGAACUUGUGGCAGGAAAUUCAUCUCCUUCUUCCAAGCAGGUGCCUUUCUUUUCAGACAUUCAUUAUCUGAACCUUCAGCCGAAUGUGACAAAUUGCCAUCACUCCAUCAUCAAGAGGUGACAGAGAAAGGGUGAACAGCAGAGCAGGGCCCCUUUCCCUGGCAUCUCACCCAACUCCUCCUCCUCCAUAGGGGCUGGAAGGGCUCCAGCAGGGCGGCAGCUCCUGUUUACACCCACUGCCACUACCGAGCAAGGAAAGGCAAGGGAUGCACAGGCAGCAUCUUACAGCUGCACUUGAGCAUUUUAGGGACAAUAGGGAAACACACCUUGGCCACCUUGCUCUCUUUUCCAGACCAGGACACACAGUCCAAGAAAAGCUGCUCCCACCUCCACUUAAAGAAACCAAACACUUGACUCAGAGCAUGGACAUGCACUUCCAUCUUCUGACAACUCAGGGACUGACAUGAACCGUUGCACUUCUAGGCAACUUUCUUGACAGCUGCUAUCAGGCCUUAGGACUCAAGUUUUUGAGGGUUUCCUCUCACUCCAGGAAUCUCCCACCAGUGGUUGUCACUUCCCUUUAGAUGACAACUCCCUCUCCACCCUUCAUAUGGCCACUGGAGUCCCCUUUCUCCAUGAAUCCUGCAUCCCAAAAUCCCCGAGUGCUCACUUCCCACUGCUGGCAGCAGCCUUUAGGUUGAAUAACAUGGGCUCUCCUAGACAGGAGAGGGAUAAUCACUAAAGCAACCAUCAUGUUCAAGUAUUUUAUCUUCUGAUUACAAUACAAUCAGGAUUUUUUUAUUUGUUCUUCUGUGAUUAAGCACUUUGAUUAAAAUCCCUUUAAAAAGCUAUGCUUUUUCUUACUUUCAGUGUACAAGAGUACAGUGUGGUAUCUGAAAUUAAAUAAUGGUUUAGAAAACAGGCCAGUUUGUUCCAGUCAUGUAAGUUUUUGUGAAAUUUGUCACUAGAAACAGCACUCAAUAAAACUGAUCUAAUACA